AUGAGCUCUUCACUAUGGGCCUUCGAGGCAGCACGAAAGAACUCAGAAUCGGCUCCUUUGCCUGGCACUUCCCGCCACAUCACAUCAGAAAUGUAUGCAAACUUGGAAAUCGCGAGAGACGGGAUCCUGGCGUUGAACACGCAAAUCCUCACGUAUGCGCUGGCUCUCAAUGAGGUCAUUGAAGAUAUCAACUCGGGAAGUAUAUCCCUGGCGAUCGAACAGUUGCAUGCUUUGGACUGUGACCCUAUUGUUCCGGCAGAUACGACUACUAUGGGAUCCUAUUCGAGUUUUUCCAGAACAGAUCAUUCGAUAACUGGAACGACGCAAAUUCAAGAGCAACUUAUAGAAAAAAUUCCGGCUCCUACCCUUUCACUUGAAAGAUCAGAAGUUAAGGGACUGCUGAUUCUGCCGUUCAAUCCUGUCGUUCUGCCACAUGCCGAUACGAAUAAUCAGAUGGACCUAUCUCCUUCUGUUGCAUCUGCCAAAGCUCACAUUCACACAGUGGUCAAAGAAAAAACCGGCCAGACGUCAACGGACCGGGGAAACCACCACAUCCUAGCAGAACGGAAACUCGAUGCUACUGACACUGAAUUAAAUCAUUCAUUUGCUGAAUCAACUCAAACGCGCUCAGCUAAGCAAAAAUAUGUGGAACCAAAACCUAACAACGUUGUUACAGAAUCCCCUAACGCAAACCAUAUUUCUAAUGACGACUUGCAUCGUUAUCUGAAUAUAAGAUACAACCACACAUCUUCAAUUGGUUUAUCACCAGCUCGGCUACCGCGCAACCCAGCGCCUCUGACUUCACCUAAUGUUGACUUAUCUUUUAUCCCUAUUGCUAAUACUAUCAAUCCACACAAAUUCGACAAGGUUAUCCUGGAUACAAAUGAGCAUAGUUCACCAGGCCAAAGCGACUUGUCUUUCCAGGCUAUCAGCACUGCGAUCAGAAAGAGUUUUGCUGGAAAAUUGUCUAUGGGGAAUUUUACCACUAACCAACCACUUUAUGACUCGACGAGAAAUGGUUCAGAGAACGAUGCAGAGGACAAAAUAGAGAAAGUGCAGCAAACGGAUAUGAAAACGAAACCAUCUCUAAGACACACGCUAGCCGCACAAACGGUACGAAGUAAACCAGUCCGGAAAAGCUCACGACGCUCGUCCGUUUUCGUAUCUCUUCCUGAAAGAGAGCCCAUUAAUUAUCAGGGUCAUAACAACAAGAAACCAGAAGUCCUUGAGGCAUCCGCUAUUUCUAAGGAUAGUGCAACUUCUGGUAAUGCUAAUAAGGUCUCCCACAUGAAAGGCAAAGUGAGCCUAGUCAAACAUACUUUCCCGAAUAAUCAAAACCUCCCGACCAAUAAUGGCGUCACGAAAGAUACCUCUUCCACAUCCACCUUGAAGCCUGAAGAGAAUGCCACUUUGAAACCUGAGCAUCAGACUAUUUUAGAACCUGACCAACCUACCAGCAUAGAACCUGAGGAGCAUAUGACUUUGAAGUCUGAACAGGAACAGCGUAUCAGACUCACAACUGGCCCUAAACAGAGCGGUCAAAAGGUUAAUGCCUUCGAGAAGACCGGAAAACUUAGCAUGAACACAGUUCCUAAAGUUGCGCCUCCCAUCUCUAAGCCCCUUAGGUCGCGUUCUCCGCCCAUCCAAAGACCAAAGGGCCAUCUACUGAAUAAACCUGCAAGUCGAACAACUACUUCUGGCUCACCUCGUCAGGAAACAUCGCAUUAUUCGAGAAGAACACCUUCUCCUUUACGAACUAGAUUAAGAAGAUCUAUUCAACAGCCUGAUUUCCGAUCCACUUCAACAAUUGAAGAUGUGAAAAAGGCCCUGGAUACGUCUUCAGUUAAUACGAGAAAUCAAAAUGCGGAAGACCGGGCAUCUCCUACGUCGCAAGAAAAAGUUAACCAACUUACUACUCUGGCUUCAGACAGGACCUCAAAGCUGCGUGAAACGAUCAUGAGAAACCGCUUCCUAACAACGAAAUUAAAUCCAGAGAACCCACCACAAUUCAAUCCUACCAAACCGCAGAAGAAGCAGAUAUCACCGCUGAAGGGGGCAAUUAAUUCGAAAAGCGAUCAAGAAAAUCGUAAUGGUAAAGCUAAUGUCUAUGGCGCUAAAUUUGAGAACGUGAGACAGAAACAAAAGAUCACUAUCUCGCUUAGUCAUAAACUCGAACCUCCUACUCUCACGGGCUCUAAAUCUCCACGUAUCCCGCGAAAACCGGGAACAAGUCCAGCCAAAGGUCGUUCAGUCAGUCCAAUCAAGGGCCGCUCAGUUAGUCCAAUUAAGGGCCGUUCAGCUAGUCCGAAGAAAAGCCCUUCAAGAGCGAAAACAGAAGGCGACUCUAACAAAAAUGGGAUGGUUAGAAAGAGCAUCAAGCGUCCUCCGGAACCGAAUGAAUUGCAUAUAGUACCGAGGAAAAGAGCUGGUGGGAAUGCUGUUCCUCUUCCAGAUGCAGCUCGUGGGAUUUUCACUAGAGAUCGACUGAAGGGCCCAGCAAAAUCAUCGAAGGAGAAAGUAACGCCCGUUAAAUCUACUCGAUCUAAAUCUACAGAAUUGGACAAAUAUUCACCGGAAACUCUCCCAGAUAUCCCUUCAGAAGAUGAUGUUCUGCGGAGCCAGAAAUACAUCAAGAGCUGGGCAGAAACACCAGAGAUCCUUCGUACCAUGAAGGAGAAGCAAGCCAUGGACCCUGUCGAUGUUUUUGGUGAAGUUCCGGCGCUAAGGAUCGAUGAUGUGUUCGACACAGUAGCGUCGAGGCAACGUGGCCAAGCAUCUCCAACGAAGUGGAGUCCCUAA